CCGACACAGCACACACUUUUUUAUUUCAUUGAAUUACAUUUAUGAUUUAUUUUUUAGGAGGGCAUAUGUACUGCACAUAAGUUACAAUUAACCAAUAGGUGGCGAUAUAUAGGCUAAAUAAAAUGUCAGUUACACCUGCAAAGUAGCAGAAGAAGACAUCGAGGCCAGUUGCCGUAAAUAAAGUGAAAAAGAGGCGCAGCUUCGUGAGAGGACAGGGGUUGUUUGUGGCCUCGGGAGGCUGAAAACUGACAUAAAAUAGACAUUGAAGAUACUCUAGUUUUCCAAAUUCAUUGGACGCUGAAUUCAGGGCAUCCAGGUUCAAGUUAAGGAAUUUGAUCUCUUAAGAGAACAAACCAAACCUGUUCAAGCAUUUGAGACGCACGAAGAAACAAACCAGCGAACUUGGGAUCUAAUCAUGUCUCGCCGAAGGAGCCGCAGCCCAUCACCAGGGCGCUAUUCGCGCUCUUGCAGCAGUAAUGAUCCUAGAGAUUUGGAGAGGAGGAUUUUUGUUGGGAAUUUGCCAACCUCCGACAUGGAGAAGAAGGAUUUGGAAGACCUGUUCAGCCCAUACGGGAAGAUAGUCGGCGUAUCCAUGUUUCGUGGGUUUGGAUUUGUACAAUUUGAACGCAUUGAGGAAGCCGAAGCUGCAAAGGCGGCCCAAAAGGGUCGAAUAUAUAAAGGUUAUAAAAUAGAUGUAAAUAUGGCAGUGGAGCGACGGCAAGCUAAACCUCAAUCCCAGCAGAGCCCUCCACGAAGGGCCCCGUACAGCAGUUACGGGGAAAGCAAAGAGCCACGACCUCGGUCUCGCUCCCCCGUUUAUGGGCGUGACGGACGUGAGCCUCGGGACAGCCGUGAUGGGAGGGACUCCCGGGAGCCUCGACCAGUUGGCCACUCUCGUGACCCCGAUUACCGGUACCGUAGCUCAGAGAGCAGAGACAAGGACAUCAGAGGUGACCCACGGGAUACUGCUUACAGCAGAAGCGAAUAUGACCGAUACUAUCGCGGUGGCAGUGCUGCUGAAGACUAUUACAGGAGGAAGGAUGAGCCCUACAGGGAUCCUUAUGCAGAUCCCUGGAAUGGACGGCGUGAGCCAGAAGAUGAGCGUGUACGACCUGAAGAGCGCCGGCGUAAUGAGCUGUAUCGACAGUACUAUGAAGAACUUCAGCGACGCCAUGACGUUGACCGUCCUGUCGACUGCUCUGUAAUUGUUGUCAACAAGGCCCAAAAGGAGUAUGCGGAGACGGUUGGGCGGAAGGUUCGUGAUUUGGGAAUGGUGGUGGAUCUGAUCUUCCUCAACACAGAAGUAUCUCUAACUCAGGCACUGGAGGACGUAGGCCGAGCCCGUACUCCUUUUGCCAUCAUCAUAACCCAGCAGCACCAGGUCCAUCGAUCCUGCACUGUCAACAUCUUGUUUGGCACACCUCAAGAGCAUCGAAAUAUGCCCAUGCAGGAUGCCAUGAUGCUGGUGGCCCACAACUACGACACCUACAAAGUGGAAAACCGUGAAAAAGAACGUGAGGAAAUAGCCAGAAAGGCUGCCAAGAUGGCAGAUGAUGUGCUACUCAGGGAGCCUGACCGAGAGAGCCACCCCAUUUCUUUACUCACCAACAUCACACUGCUGGCGGAAAAUAGAUUUGUGACCCCAGAGGAGUUGGACAGUCUGAUUGCAUACCUGAAGGACAAAAGAACUCGGCUGGUACGAAGUGCAGCCGAUCCUCUUGCAGCUCCAGUCCACGUUGGUCCUCCUGCAGCAGUACAUCAUGAUGUUCCCCCCUCAGCUGCAGGACACCCUCCAUCUACUCUCACACCCCCACAGUCAGGUCACCUCAGUCUGUCAGCGGGUUCAAGCACAUCGGCUAACCCAAGUCACCAGCAGGAGCUGCAGGCUAAAAUCCUCAGUCUGUUUAACAGUGGCAGUGGGCAGUUAACAGGCACUAGUGGCCUCUCCUCUGCACCCUCACAGUCACACUCAUAUGGGUCUCUUGGCCAGCCUCCUUCCCAAAACCCAGCCCGCCCACCAAUGCCAGGUCCUGCACCUGGAUCUCAGGGGUAUUCCAACCCUCCAGGCCGUAUGCCAGUUGCCCCAGGUGGUCAGAGACCCCCUGCCUCUGCUUCAGGUAUCAAUUUUGACAACCCAAGUGUCCAGAAAGCUCUUGACACACUCAUUCAGAGUGGACCUUCUCUCAACCAUCUGGUGGGUAGUGGGGCCUCUCAGCAGCCACCCCCCAGACCAUCACCCAACAUGGGUCAGGCCCCACCUGUGUCUUUGUACCCCCGGCACUACUGAAAAGCUGUAGUAAACUUAUUUUUCUCCCUCUGCCAUAUCCUUUCCUGUGCAGUGAGUUAUCAGCGUAGUAUUGAUAGACUGUAGGGACGUUAUGUAAAAAGUUUUUAAUCUUCCUUCAUAUUGUGUUGAUAAAAUGUGAGGACUGUUUCAGUUAUUUGUCAGAAAAUAAUUCAGUUUCAGUACGCGUUAUGAAAUACAUUUUGCUUACUGAUGGACUCCUGAGUUCUUUUCCAACUGUUUUAUUGUUUUACAUUCUUUUAAUUUGUAACAUUGUUCUCAUGCACAAAACGAGACAUAAUUAAAAACUCAGACACAACUCCUGUAAUAAAAUGGUAUUGGUUUAUUGCAUUUUGUGCUGACAAAUCUAUAAAAUGGAACGGGUAUCGCCAGAAGCCAUAGAGAUAAGCAUUUGAAAUGUAAGAUAAAACUACUUUUUUCUUUUUCUUUUUAAAUGUACCAUGAACCACAAUAGAGAAUAAUACAGGUCUUUUUUUAUUUUAGAAUAUUUUACUUGCACUGACACAAAAAAAUAAACACCUCCACACUAACUGUAUUUGAUUUAUUUACACG